AUGAGGCUUUCAAAGACAUGCUCAAGAAGACCAGACGCAGUAUUAACGAAUGUCACUUCGGCGUGGAGCGAGAUCGGCGUCUGCAUUGCGAGCGACGGUUGGACGGAUGGGCAGGAUCGCCCGCAGCUGAACUUCUUGGCGGUCAAUACGCAAGCGUCCGUGUUCUUAUUCGGCGUCGGCAGCGGAGCGGAUAAGAAAACGGGACUGUUCAUUGCGGAGCACUUGAAGACUGCUAUCAACAUGGUGGGAAGCGACAACGUUGUCGGGGUGCUGAUGGAUGGAGCAAGCAAUUGCGUCAGUCCGGCCAACAUCAUUAAAGACGAAUUUCCGAAGAUACAAUACAUCCGAUGUGCUGCUCACUCCCUCAAUAACCUUAUGAAGGACAUCGGUGCCCGAUCUUGGGCGGCGAAGACCAUCGAGGACGCGAAUGGUAUGAUUUCUACGCUGAAGAACUCUCACUGGGUCACCGGUAAAUUACGGGAGCAGAAGUCGCUUGUUCUUCUCAAGCCGGCAGGCACGCGCUUUGGCACCAUGUACAUUGCUUUGGAGCGACUCCUUAAGGUGUGGGAGGUAUUGGAUCGGCUCGUGACAACCAAAGGAUGGGAGGAAAAUGCGGCAAAGAAUGAGAAAAUGAAGGGUGUCAAGACAUUGGUUAGAGACGACAACUUCUGGAAAGGGGUCGAGCAAGUGCUGAAGGUUCUCAAGCCGGUUUACCUGCUGCUGCGAGAGAUUGACGGCAACCAAGAGGUCAUGGGAAAAAUCUACGACAAGAUGUUUCACGUGGAGGAUGCGGUCAACGAGGCGUGUCGCGGAUUACCCGCCACUGAGAAGAAUGCGAUCGCAAAGGCUGUGCGCGACCGGUGGAAUGACGACAUCAACUGUGCACUCCAUGUUGUCGGUCGGAUACUGUACCCACCGAACCAGUUUGAGAAGAUCUUUGGCGUGGACAAAGAGUGCUCGAGGAUAUUUCGACGAUUCAUUCGAGAAUAA